CUCAUUUCCAUAUCCACCGUCUAUGAAAGAACGUCGAGCGAGUUGAAUUACUCAGGACCCAUCUAACGAAUCUAGUGAUCUAAAUGUCCUCAAUACCAGCUAAUGCGCAGGCUAGCUCUUUAUAUAGACAAAGUUAUGCUAAUCUCGAGGAUAAUUCCUACAUACAACAUGCAGGAUCCGACGAUAUCGACUCCUUCCACAGAGAGCAGCCAGCCACAUUGUCGAUGGAUUCUCUCCCACGCAGACAGCCAUGCCAUGCUGGCACCACGUGCGAUCGCCUUGCCCGCCGGUCGACAGGGCAGAUGCCUCGAGUGCGACAACGUACAAACCGCCCGCGGGAGCGGAGGGCAUGCCAAGAUGUCACUAGUGGCCCAAAGCCAAGAUCGACGUUGGCCGUGCAGUUCGGAGAUUAUUUGGCGGGGGUUCUCCAUGAUCUCAGUCUAUUGGAUGUGACUUGUUGGAUACAGUUACAGACGAUAUGAGGUGUGAGUUACGGCGUCUCUGGUCAAAACCAGUCGGUGUGCUAUAGCUGAACGUGGCGGUAAGUGAAACAGGCUUGCAGGUGGUUUAGCAGAUAGCGCCGCCAUCCUAGGCAUGAUUUGAAGAAACGAACUUUGUUAUAGGCGCUGGUCGGUCACAAGUAUCACGAGCCAAGAGUGUGUGCCCAAUUUUGCGACAGUCGUCUGCAUGCGGGAGCUUGUUGGCUGAGGGAAUAAGUAAUCUGCAGGCAUCGCGUCG